UCCGGUUUGUUUUCAGUUAUAAAUUCAUGAACUAAAGCUCAGUAUUUCUCAUCUUUCAAAGAUAAAAAUUCAGGAUCGUGUUGUGGAAGAUGUCUGUCCUAUGGAUUCCAUAUGAUGGCAGCUGGAUCUCCAUCGGAGCAGCUGCAACAGUUGCCUGUAUCAUAGUUGCCAUGGCAUCUGCAUCUACCAUGUUUUAUGCUCCCAUUCUCUGGGCGGCCAUAAGACUCAAUGCUACAAGAGACAUGCCUCCCUUACCUCCGGGAAGGAUUGGAAUCCCUUAUUUGGGAGAAUCUCUUGACUAUGUGAAGUCGUCGAGUAACCUGCUCGAUCUGGACGUGUGGUACGAUACGCGAUAUGCUAAGCACGGGGGAAUUUUCACCACCCAUAUUCUGGGUAGCCCCACUGUUGUCAUGUUGGGCGCGCAGGCCAACAAGUUUGUUCUAAUCAACGAAAACAAGCUAUUCAAAAACAGCUGGCCCAAAUCUAUCAGAGUUCUGCUCGGAGAACACGCCAUGGUUUCUUCCCAGGGCGCCGACUACAAAAGGAUUCGACGGAUUACACAAUCCAUUCUGGGGAUCGAAACGCUCAAGAAGUUAGUUGGGAGGUUUGAAAAACUUGUGCUGCACCAUCUGGAGUCUGACUGGCGUCCUGGCCAAAUCUUCCGCGCCCAUAGCAAAUUGAGGGAAAUGGCGCUGUGUGUGGCGGCGGAGUAUUUUCUGGGGUUAAAGGCUGGAGAAGGGUUGGAGAGCUUUAGGCGGCACUUUCACGAUUUCAACGCGGGUCUUCUUUCUCACCCUCUCGAUCUUCCCUGGACGGUCUUUGGCAAGGCCAAGCGCGCUCGUGCCGCCAUGGUUGCUCAAAUUGCUCACCUGAUCCGUCUACGUAAAACGUCCUUGAGCGAACGUGGAGAAGAAGAAGAAAACUUUUUGGACAUGGUAUUGAGGGCGCAAAAGGCAGGGAGCGACUCUUUCUUGAACGACGAGGAGAUUGCAGACAACCUGUUGGGGUUUCUCAUUGGAGGUUAUGAUACUAUUGCCUCCGCUUUGGCCACGAUUCUUAGGCACCUCAGUCUUUCGCCACAAGUGUUACAACGCCUUCGUAAAGAUUGUGAAAAGCUCAGAGAUAGCAAGAAAGUAGGAGAGCCUCUGACAUGGAACGAGAUUAAAGGUUUGGAAUACUUGAGAAAUGUAAUAGCAGAAGGAUUGCGCGUUGUGCCUCCGAUACUUGGAGGAUUCAUGGAAGCAAAAAUUGACGUCGUAUAUGGUGGUUAUACCAUUCCAAAGGGGUGGAAGGUUCAUUACUCUAUCAGACACACAAGCAACAAGGAGGAGUACUUUGACAAUGCAAAAGAGUUUACUCCAGAUCGCUUCAAUUAUGAGCGACAUGAACCGUUUUCCAACAUUCCUUUUGGACACGGAAAUCGAAUUUGCCCAGGAAAUGAGUUUGCAAAGAUAGAAAUGGAAGUAUUUCUGUAUCAUUUAGUGUUGAGAUAUGAUUGGGAUCUGAUGGAGGCCGACGAACCCAUUAGCGUCUCAUUCAAUCCUCAACCUAAGCAUGGUUUGCCUUUGAUGCUUAAACCUGUAGCCUAAACAAGUUGAUAUGUAUAGGAAAUAAAAUGGCCAUUAUUAUAUUGUUAUAUCAGUAGGCUAAAGAAGUUGAUAUGUAUAGACCAUAAGUAGUUGAUAUGUAUAGGCCGUAAGUAUACUGUUUUAUGGUCUCUAUUUCACGUGUUUUGUAAUGAUUAUUAUCUUAAUAUAAUAUUUUAGAUAGGAAUUA